AUGCCUUCUGGUCCUCAGGGCUCCCCUGGACAGGUCUGCCACCCCCUGGCCGGCUGGUUUCGGCUGUGCUGGGCAGAUUUAGUCGUUGUCGUCGCUCUUGCGCUUUUGGUUUUGCUGUUUUUUGUCUUGGCGACGACCCCUGUGAUUUUUCGCUUGCGAAAAAUGUUCAAGGCGAAGCGCAAAAACUCCGAGCCGACACUCUCUUUCUCUUCUCUGUCGCAAUCUCGUCCGACUCUCCGUCGAACUCAAACACACCAACCAAGAUCCCUCGGCAUGUCCGCGGAACACCAUGAAAAAGGUGCAGUGAAAUGA